CGUCCGCCGCCGCCGUCGGCUACGUUGCCCCGCCCCGGCACCGCCCAACCACCCUCCACCACCGCCCGACCGGCGGCGCCCCCGCCGCCGCGCCUCACCGCCCCCGCGACCGCCACCUCCGCCGGGCCGGCCUCCCGCCGCUGGCCCUCCCUGUUAACCCCUAACCCAGCGCCCCUAGUCUCGCUGGAGACCAUUUCCCCUUUCUUCUCCUUCUCCCUGUUCAAUUUGCAGCUGCCCAGCUCGCGAAUCAAUGCUGAUUCGUCACGAUCACAGCCCACAAUUAACUAGUCUGUCUGUGUACUGAUCCGAAGCCGCGUGAUCCAGCCCGGCAGCAGUCCUGCGUCCUGCGUCGCAACAAUUUUCAGAAGGAAUCAGUUCGGAUCAGAGGGACUUCAGAGUUUGGUUUGGUUUGGUUUACGGGUAAUCCUGUCAAUUAUUGUCCAAGCCCGCGUAUAAACACAUGAGUUAGUCUCGACUCGAUCAAAAUUUUAUGAGGUUGACGACAGCACAAGCAAAUCAUCCACCCACCAGGCGCAAAGCAAGCGCACAGCAUGUUCAUCGUGUUCAAGACAAGCAGCUCGUCUGGGCACUGAUUGUCCUCUCGAUCCAAUCAUCCUUCGCAGCUCGCCAAUCUCCAUUGAAAAUCUGCUUCAAAAUCGUAGUGAACUCUGCAGCACAGGGACAGAGGAGAAGCUGCUGAGGGACAGAGGAUGCUUCACCGGCUGUUCCGGCCUCCUCCCCUCCCUCUGAAGCUGGCCUUCACCAUCUCUCUCGCCGUCUCCUUCUCCGUCUCCUGCUGCGCCGACCCAUCCCCACCGUCAUCGUCCCACGCAUCGGCCAGGUCCCGGUCCCGGUCCCCGCCUCCCUCCCCGAAGGCAGUCGCCGCGGACCUCCUCUCCGUCCUCGCCGGCCCGGGCGCCGCGGCGCGGGUGCCGCCCGCGGAGGCCUCGCGGCUCCGCGCCUGCCUCCGGUUUCUCUCCCCGGUCAACCCCGCGGCUGCCUCAAAGGUCUCUUCUUGGAGCGGCGGAGGCUCCCGGAAGUUUCUGCGGGAAGGUCGCGAUGCGGGUGCGGCGGAGGCGGACGAGAUGGUGAUGUGGCCGCCGGCGCCGGUCAUGGAGCUUGCGCGGCUUGCCGUCGACUCCGGCGGCGAUCCCGGGGCCAUCCACCGCGCGCUGGAUCCAACAAUGCUGCCAGUGCCAGAUGUUCAGGGGACGCAGAAGGACAAAUGCCAACUCACAAGAACACCAUAUGGGAGGCGCUUCGCCAAUGAGGAGCUCAAUUCGUAUUUGGCGUUCUUGUUUGAAUUGAUUGUGGCACGGGGACCUUUGGUUGGACUAAACGUAUCACUCAGUCGAUAUGAUUUGUUCCAUGGGCAUCUUUUCCUCUCAUAUGAAACAGGACGGCUCGGAAUUCUAUUCCAUGCUAAAGAAUAUCCAGCAAUUGACAAGGAAUUGUUUCCUUAUAAUUUGGGAUAUUGCCAAGCAGGAUCCAAUGUACCAUAUGAUGAUUCUAUGAACUUGCGCAAUAUCCUUUGGUUAGCACCAUUGCCUUCAAAGGAGACGAAAGCUUGGUUAGCACCAGGAACAUUGGUCGUCUUGGAUGCACAUCCUGAUGGCAUUAUCUAUCAAGAGAUCAUCCGUGAUUAUGUUCAAAUUGUAAGAACAGUGUACGAAGAUGAUUUCGGGGAGAAUGCAGUUGACGUCAAUUAUCUGAAUGUGGCCAAUUCAGCUCCUGUUGAUAGAAUUUUCAUCUGCUGACGACUCUCCAUAUUAUCAUCUUUCCGAGUUACCAUGUUGUGAAUUAUUAAAGGAGAAACAGACGUCAAAAGUAACAUUUGGAUUUGAUGAGCAACUCAAGAAAGCAGUAUUUUGCUCGCAAGUUUUAUCUGUUGUUGUGCUUA